AGAUUCUGUAGAAUUGAUGAUGACAAAUGAACCAUCUUCUAGAAGAGACAAAGAAUCUUAUAACAAAAUGAACAAAAAUAGUUUUAGUAAUAUGAGAUGUCCACAUUGCACCGGUCCUCUUUCUAAGGAGAUGGAGACAAGCGAGUGGACAGUUCCGCCUCUAAUCCGGGAUAGCUUUUCUAUGAUUGGUUCUGCAGUUGGUGGUACUACAAGUGCAUUCUAUGGCUUCAACCAUGUGAUGCCGAUUGUCAGAAGGUGGGUUAAAGGACCUAUGUGGUUGCAUUUCCUUGUUGGUGCUCCUCCUGUGAUUGUUUUCUCAUCUGCAUGUGCAGGGCUAGCAGGUGGUGCUGUUCCAGCAUUUGCACAGCUAGCAUCUUCUUCUUACCAUGCUGUGAUCUCAUCUUCCACAUUACCACCUACAGCCUCACAAGAUGAAAACAUGAGAAAAUUUUGAACUUCCUCAACUUUGUAGCUUAAACACUGAGAGGAAAUGUUUUUACUAUCAGGAAUCUUGUGCCUUCUGCGGGAUCAUCUCCUAGUUCGCGACAUUCUGUCCUCUCCUGUUUACUUGCUCCGGUUGUGUUUAAGUCUGCUUUUGUCUAGUGAAAUUAGUCAAGUUGCACGUAAGCUGGUCAGACAUUACAGAUGUCUACUUCUGCUUCUGUCUGAUGUUUUUUUUUCUUUCGAGAAUAUAUUACUUGUCCAUGUCAUUGAGUUUGUUUAUUUUGUAAAUUCCAAUCUUAUUAUUUCAGUGAUGGUAGAAAUUUUACACAGUUUUUUGAGGAA